CUCUCUCUCUCUCUCGCCAUUCCCAGAGCCGAAGAAAAGAGUUCAAAAGCAUCAAAGCAAGCACACACACACAGAGAGAGAGAGAGAGAGAGAGAGCUGAGAAAGGGUGCAACCUAUGGCUCGGCAAGCAAGCAGACUGGUGGGUUCCAUAGCUUCAAAGCUCUGCCCACAAGCCCACCUUUCUUCUCAUUCUCGCCAUUUUGCAGCGGCGACCGCUCCUCCUCCCGCCGUCUUCGUUGACAAGAACACGAGAGUCAUCUGCCAAGGAAUCACCGGCAAGAACGGCACCUUCCACACCGAGCAAGGCAUCGAAUAUGGCACGAAAAUGGUUGGUGGGGUGACACCGAAGAAAGGUGGAACAGAACAUUUAGGACUUCCUGUUUUCAACACAGUUGCAGAAGCAAAGGCUGAAACAAAGGCAAAUGCAUCGGUUAUUUAUGUUCCCCCACCAUUUGCUGCAGCUGCUAUUUUGGAGGCAAUGGAAGCUGAGUUGGACCUAGUUGUGUGCAUCACUGAGGGAAUCCCUCAGCGUGACAUGGUUCGUGUGAAGGCUGCUCUUAACAGGCAAACCAAAACACGACUGAUUGGGCCAAACUGCCCUGGUAUUAUCAAACCUGGAGAAUGCAAAAUCGGAAUUAUGCCUGGGUAUAUUCACAAGCCUGGGCGUGUAGGAAUUGUUUCUCGGUCCGGCACCUUGACUUAUGAAGCGGUUUUCCAAACAACUGCUGUUGGCCUUGGACAAUCUACCUGUGUGGGUAUUGGUGGGGACCCUUUUAAUGGUACAAACUUUGUUGAUUGCGUGACCAAGUUCCUUAAGGAUCCUCAGACUGAAGGUAUUAUUCUUAUUGGAGAGAUUGGAGGGACCGCAGAAGAGGAUGCUGCAGCCUUAAUCAAGGAAAGUGGAACUCAGAAGCCUAUUGUUGCAUUUAUUGCUGGUCUUACUGCACCGCCUGGUCGCCGCAUGGGUCAUGCUGGAGCGAUUGUGUCUGGGGGGAAAGGUACUGCUCAGGACAAAAUUAAGACCCUCAGAGAAGCUGGUGUGACAGUCUCUGAAUCACCUGCCAAGAUUGGUGCUGCAAUGCUGGAUGUUUUCAAGGAACGUGGCCUUGUGAGCUAAGAAGGCUGUUACCAUAUAUUCCCAUUUAUGCAUUUUUCCUUCUUUCUUUAUCUCUUCCAGAAUUGUUGGAUGGCGGCCUUUUCUUUAUUUCAUUUUUUUUCUCCAAAUGAGUGUUUGGAUACUUUGGAUUACCCCUCACAAAAGCCAGGAAGUUUUUUUUUUUUUCCUUAACUGUGACCCAUUUGAUAUUGAAUAAAUUAUCAACACCAGCUGCGGUUUAGAGACAA